AUGUGGGGUAGUACAAUCAACUGGGCUGCUACAUCUUACACCGAGACGGAGUGGAAUCGAGUGCUACGAAACUGUAGCGAGCCUAUGAUCAAAGCCUCGGAGAUCUUGUUCCAGUCCACUGUCAAAUGCAAGGGACGUUGCGAGGAGGCGAGGCGAGGCAGUCCCAUUUGCAAACCUUGA